AUGAGCGAUAACCAUAUUGACGAUGAUGUUUUGAACAUCGACGACAUCACAGAGGACGAUGCGGUGAGCACCUUGCUUAUUACAACAAGAUUUUCAAUUAUUGAUUUUCUACAGGAUCUUUCUGCCAUUGAGGGUGACUUGAACGAGAUUGAGGAGGAACAAAAGAAGCUGAAGGCUAUCCAGAAUGAGAUGGUCGGACAUAUGAACUUGAACACUAGCAGUCAGAGCAUCUCGACACAAUCACUGCUCACUCCAGAAGAGAAGGCCGAGGCCGAUGCCAAAUCGGUGUACGUCGGAAACGUUGACUACGGAGCGACUGCCGAAGAGAUAGAGCAGCACUUCCACGGAUGCGGAUCCGUUGCUCGUGUCACCAUCCAGUGUGACAAGUUCACUGGACAUCCCAAAGGGUAAAUUGGUUUUUCUUUAUUGACCCUCGUUAUAUCUUGUAUUUUUCAGAUUCGCUUACGUCGAGUUCACUGAGAAAGAAGGAAUGCAGAACGCGUUGGCUAUGUCGGACAGUCUUCUGCGUGGACGGCAAAUAAAGGUGGAUCCGAAGCGCACGAACAAGCCGGGACUCUCAACGACGAACAGACCUCCGUUCCGCGGUGGACGUGGCGGAGGUCGAGGACGCGGGAACGUCAUCGUCAAGUACAUCUACUCGGGCGGUUACCGGCCAAGAGGCCGUGGAAUCAGAAGACGUCCGGGAUUCGCUCCGUACUAG